AUGUAAGGGAGUAUGACACACUGAGCAAUCAUGAUAAAGCUUUACUAUGAAAUGGCAGUUUUCCUUUUUUGAAGUUCCUAGGAGGCGUUAAUUUAACAUAACUACUGAUAUAGGGAGGCAAGUGACGGAUACUUUUUUCAGGUUUUAGUUCUUGGGUGGCUCGGUGAAGCCUAGGAACAAGUUGGGGGGGGGGGGUUAGGAUGCUGACUUCUUUGCAGUAUCUUCUUUCCCUUUUCUGCCUAAGGCCAGUCCAAACCCCUCAUUCUGGCUUGCAUUCCGGGAUCCCACAUCUCUCUCCAUGCCCCACUCCUAGUCUCCUUCAGUCCCACUUAGGAUCCCAACUUUCCCCGAAUAGGUGCUCCUGAAGUCAGGGCUCGUGUCUUAUGCACAUUUUAUCACCAGUACCAGAAGGACAGGCCCUGGUACACAGGUGUGAGUCAAAAAUGUUUGCUGGACCUGCUGAAACCUCUAAUCUCUAGGCUUUUAUCAAUAACUGUGCCCAGGAAAUUCACCCCUACGGUGCUACCUCCUCAGCCUCCACCAAUAUCUAGGGCGCACUCGAUGCUUUCCCCUAGCGUUUUCCUUCCCCGUAUUCAUGCCAGGGCUGGCUCAGCGUUGGACCCACAGCUGUUUCCGGUAUCUCAGCAUCUAGGUGCCCUGGUCGCUCAGACACUACAGGUGGGCAGUGCGUGACCCCGCCCCCAACCUCCGGAAAUGGGCGCGCUCUGGGGCCGAGUUUCUAUAGCAACCACACCAGCCAAUGGGCCCUCCCCCGGACAGUUUCUCCUGGGAGGACCGGGACUUGGGUUCCCGCGUUCGUCUCUAUGGUUUCGACAGCCUAGAAGGACCAAAGCGGUACUUCCGGGAAGGCGGCGGCUCACCCGUCAGACCGGCACAUGCUUCCGCCGGGAGGUCCCGCGGUGACGGGAUGAUAAAUGACCUCUUCUCUGGUGAGCACCUGAGGACAGGGACUCUUUUCUCAACAUGAAGGCCACCCCGGAGGUUAGGAGUCAUGGGAUGAAGUUUGCUGAGCAGCAGCUGCUAAAGCAUGGAUGGACUCCAGGCAAAGGCCUGGGCCGGAAGGAGAAUGGCAUCACCCAGGCCCUCAGGGUGACGCUAAAGCAGGACACUCACGGGGUGGGACACGACCCUGCCAAGGAGUUCACAAACCACUGGUGGAAUGAGCUCUUCAACCAAACGGCAGCCAACUUGGUAGUGGAAACUAAGCAGGAUGGAGUACAGAUAAGGCGCCUUUCUAAGGAGACCACCCGCCAUAAUCACCCCAAGCCCAACAUGCUAUAUCAGAAGUUUGUGAAGACUGCCACACUGACCUCAGAUGGGGAGAAGCCAGACAAGGACGUGGAAAGCUGCAGUGAUGACGACAACCAGGAGCCCCAGCCUCCAAAAAUUCUGACUGAUGAGAUGCUGCUCCAAGCCUGUGAGGGUCGAACAGCGCACAAGGCUGCCCGUCACGGAAUUACAAUGAAGGCUAAGCUUGCUCGUUUGGAGGCCCAGGAACAGGCCUUCCUGGCUCGGCUCAAAGGCCAGGACCCUGGAACCCCUCAACUGAAGACUGAGAGCAAGGCCCUUAAAAUAAAGAAAAAGAAACAGAAAGAGGAAGAAGGAGCUACAGCAACUGAAAGGAAUGCAGACAAGGAGUAUCCAGAAUACACUGACCAGAGCAUCAGGAAAAGCAAGAAGAAAAGACAACCUCAAGAUAAGAAAGAGGGGACACCUGUAGAGGAGGAAGAGGUCGCAGAAACAAAAGGGCUUGGGGAACUAAAGAGCAGAGAACAAACUGACUCAUCCCCCAGGAAAAGGAAGAAAAAGAAGAGGCAGCACCAUGAAGAGGAGACGCGGGGGGUCUUAAGUAAGGGAGGAGGUAAGAAGGAUGUAGGUGGCAUCAGAACAGGGAAGGUAGAGAGCCGAGCACACACUGACUCACGUAGCAGAAGCAAGAGGCAGCAGUGCGAGGAGGAGGAAGACUUGGACAUAGAGGAUGAGGAAGCUGGGGAGGCUGCUGCAGAUGGUGGGACCAGGGAAGCAGAGAGCAGAGCGUGCGGUGGUAAGAAAAGCAGAAGCAAGAAAAGACAUCGGCAUCAGGAUGUCUUGGACAUAAGCGAUGGACAUGAGGAUGGUGGGACUAGGGAAGCAGAGGGCAGAGCACACCCUGGCUCAAGCAGCGGAGGUCAGAAGAGGAGGCAGCAGCAAGCAGAGGAGGAAAGAGCCACAGGCAGCACGGACCAGAGAGCAAAAAAGAAGAAGCGGAAGAAGAGAGACUGAAGGUCAGGUGCGGUGUCCUCGAUCAGUUUCUCUCCAGGAGUAGUUGAGGCCUCAGAGAUCUGGGUUGGUAGGUCUCCUGCACCCUCCCAGUGAGGAGUCCUUCCGGAGGAGGACCAGCUCUGGACACCAGCAUGCUGAGGAGAGCGGUUCACCUGCCUUAGCUGAGGGAAUGGGCUUCCUCCCCUUUGCAGCUCCUAACCCAGAGAUCAUGAACUCAGAUGCCCAUCGGAGCCAAGCAGCCCAGGGACAAGGAGUGCUAGGAGCUGUGGGAGUAGGAAUGCAGGUCCCUUUGAGGGGGCAUCCUUGCUGAAAGAAACUAAACAUGCUGACUUAUGUGAUGUGUCCUGAUUCUUAAAUAUUGUGACGCUAAGGAAAACACAAAUCUUGUUCUGUGAGCUGCUUUCUAACACUCUGCCAAAUGAGGCAAUAAACAUCAGCUUGGGCUCCUAGCCUGUCCAUCA